AUGUGGCAGCAACUGGCGUGGCUCCUACUCCUCAUGCUGGCUGGUGGGUCACAGCUGGAAGAACUCACCAAUGACUCCGAACAAAGUUACUGCACCGGCGGUUAUUAUAAUGACACUAUACUUCAAGACAAUUCCACAUUCGACUACAUAGUGGUGGGUGCGGGCGGCGGCGGCGCACCCGCGGCGGCGCGACUCGCGCUCGCCGGCGCCUAUGUCUUGCUCGUGGACGCCGGCGGCGACCCCAGUCUCUUUACCAAGAUUCCUGGAAUGGCUGUCAUGCUGCUAGGAUCCGAGAAUGAUUGGGCGUACCCGACCAUUUCCAAUAAUGUUUCAUGCCUAUCGUCGCAGCAGCAACAGUGCCGCUUCAGUCGCGGCAAAUGUCUCGGCGGCUCCACUAGUAUCAAUUACAUGAUGUACACGCGAGGCAAUCGACGCGACUACGAUGACCUUGGUAUGAAAGGCUGGUCGUGGCAAGACCUCAAGCCUUACUUCCUCAAGUACGAAGGCUUGCAAGACUUGGAUAAACUACCACUCACUUCUAUUCCCUAUCACAACACCAAUGGAACUAUGAAAAUAGAAUUCUUCGGCAACUCCGGAAACUCUUGGCAUUCGAGAAUAGCACAAGGUUUUCAAGCCCUCAAUGUUCCUUUUAAUCCCGAUGUUAACGCUGAGUCAGAAAUCGGGGUGACGCAAGUUAUUGGGUACGUGUACGAAGGCGAGCGCAUGAGCACCGCGCGCGGAUACCUAGCGCGCGGCGACGUCAAGAGAGUGUUGAAGGUUGCUAAGGAUACGCAGUGUACCGGUGUCAUCUUCGACGAAAACAAUAACGCGAUAGGAAUCGAGGUUAUGAACAAAGAGGGAUCGGAAAACAGGAUUCUUCGACUUUACGCAAGAAAAGAAGUAAUUCUGUCAGCGGGGACAAUAGGGACUGCGCAAAUCCUGAUGCUUUCCGGCAUAGGACCGGCGGCUCAUUUAAAUAGUUUAGGUAUUCCUGUACGUGCCGAUCUACCCGUAGGCGAUAACAUCAGCGAUCACGUGCUACCUCUGAUAUACAUACCGGUUCCUCGGGGACACGAUGCGCCAAGAAUAAAUCCUUUCAGCGCUUACAGCAAUUCUCAAGAUUUAAUAAAGUGGUGUAAAUCGCGCACGGGGACGUUAGCGUCCAACGGAGUUACUGACAUCACUGUGAUGUUCAACUCUCAUUGCUAUGACUUUGACCAGCGCAAACUAAUUCAUAACAGCUCCGACUGCGAGCUCCCCUCACUACAAUUCAUCCAUUCGUUUAUAGAGUACAAUCAGAUACCUGAUAACGAGAACCCCUUUCAAAGCACGACAGGUUUAAACAUGGACAUUAUCCAACAGCUUAGCGCCACAAACAAGAACCAGGCCAUAAUUGUGGCCACACCUGUCGUGCUUCGACCAUACUCUCGCGGUACUAUCCGUCUGACUAGUACUGAUCCUUUACAACACCCUGCUAUUUUUCCGAACUACCUGUCGGACGAGCGGGACGUCGAAGAGAUGCUGCGCAGCAUUACGAUCCUGGAGCAUCUAGUAGAAACGCCGGAGUACGUGGCGCACAACGCGUCUAUCUUGCGCUUGAGGCUUCCGGGCUGUCCGGAGUAUUUGGAAGAUCGUGAGGGGUACUGGACUUGCUACAUCAGGCACUUGACGUACUCGGUGUUCCACGCGGUGGGCAGCGCGCGGCUGGGGGCCGUGCUGGAUGAGCAGCUGCGCGUGCGCGGGGUCGCGCGCCUGCGCGUGGCCGACCUCAGCGUGCUGCCGAAGCUGCCUCGUGGCAACACUGCCGCCGCAGCCAUCGCCAUCGGAGAGCGCGUCGCUGACUUUGUCUUGAACGAUGCUGCUAAGAUAGUUACAAGAGGCUGAUAAAAUCAAUGUAGUUAUUCUAUUUCAAGUUAACAUGGUCAAAAAUAACUUGAAAUAUAAUACAUCGACCCAUAUAGUAUUUGCUACACUAUCUAAGAACUUACCUAUAGGUACCCCCCCCCCCCCCCCUGUAUACAAUCAGUCUAUAUCACCUAUCACCUAAGAAUUUGAAUCCCAGUGGCGCUGGGAGCUGGAUGCCAAGCGUGACCAAAUAAAAGCCAGGUCACCUGCGGCAACACAAUAUAAUUAUAUUAAUGGUGUGCUCACAAUAUGUCCGCAAUUUCGGAUACAUCAGUCACUUGCGAGCACACCAGCGGCAGCAACGGAGUUAGCAGUCGCAGCAGGUUUCUGUCAACAGACUGCAAUACUGUUUAGCAGAAAAGUAAUAACUAUAAAUUAAUCUAAUAAGAUAUCUAAUAAGAUAAGAUAAUAAUAAAAUUACAUUUUGAGUCAUAAAACGGGACUAUAAUGCGUGCAUUUCUACUUUUAUUAUUAGUCCUGAUGUUAAUAUUUUAACUUUCUGCAUUAAUGUUCAUAUUUAAAAUGAUACAAUUAGAAGUCGAAUCUUGACUUGCAAGAUGUGAUC